UCGUUCAGACUAUAAAAAUAAGCAUAUCAACGCAUAUGUUCCCUAAGAAAAUCUCAAAUAAUAUUAGUGUUCCAAAAAAAAAAAGGAAGAAUAUGUUGUCCACUAAAAUCCAGAUACGAGGGCAGCCACUUCAUAGGAUUCCCAAAAGAAACAACCGUGUGAUACACUCGGUUGCUUGCGGAGUUUCCACAAAACCUCUCCACCGUGAAAGCAAUGUACUCAGCCGUAUGAGUGGUCCAUCUUCGGGUUCUGUCCCAACAAAAUCCGAUAAGAGCCACUUUCUUUCUGGCGACGUUACCGGUAAAUUCGGGAGGUUCGGUGGGAAGUUUGUACCAGAGACACUGAUGUCUCGCCUGAUAGAACUCGAAGACGAAUUUCAUUGUAUUUUGAGCGAUCACGAAUUUCAGGAGGAGCUUACCAUAGCCUUAAGAGACUACGUAGGAAGAGAAACGCCUCUCUACUUCGCCGGACGUCUAACCGAACACUACAAGAACAUAUCUAGAACCAUCGGAGGUGGCCCUGAGAUUUAUCUGAAAAGGGAAGAUCUUAGCCACUGUGGGUCUCAUAAAAUCAACAAUGCUCUUGCUCAGGCCAUGAUUGCCCGGCGGCUUGGUUGCAGCCGUGUGGUGGCGGCCACAGGAGCAGGACAACAUGGUGUCGCCACAGCUGCUGCCUGUGCAAAGCUCUCCUUGGAUUGUACUGUUUUCAUGGGAGCUACUGAUAUAGAGAAACAAUUCUCUAAUGUACUUUCCAUGAAACUGCUUGGUGCUCAGGUGAAAUCAGUGGAAGGAACAUUCAAAGAUGCAAGUUCAGAGGCGAUUCGAUAUUGGGUCGAAAACCUUGAUUCCACAUACAACUUAUGCGGUACGGUCGUAGGCCCUCACCCAUGUCCGAUAAUGGUACGUGAGUUUCAGUCCGUGAUCGGGAAAGAGACAAGAAGGCAAGCCAAACAACUAUGGGGUGGUAAACCUGAUGUAUUAGUUGCUUGCCUUGGAAGUGGCUCAAACGCGUUGGGAUUGUUCCAUGAGUUUGUUGGAGACGAGGAUGUGCGGUUAGUAGGUGUCGAGGCCGCAGGGCUCGGUCUGGAUUCUGGGAAACAUUCAGCUACUUUGGCCAUUGGACAUGUUGGUGUGUACCAUGGUUCCAUGAGCUAUUUAAUGCAAGAUGAUCAAGGACAGAUACUCAAACCACACUCCGUAGGAGUAGGGUUAGAAUAUCCUGGAGUUGGACCGGAGAUUAGCUUCCUGAAAGAAAGCGGAAGAGCUGAGUUCUACACAGCAACAGACCAAGAAGCCAUUCAAGCAUGCAUGCGAUUGAGUAGAUUGGAGGGAAUAAUACCGGCACUGGAAACGUCUCACGCACUUGCGUUCCUCGACAAACUCAUUCCUACUCUGAGUGAUGGAGCCAAGGUGGUCGUGAAUUGUAGUGGCCGUGGCGACAAAGAUCUUGACACUCUCAUCCAACGAGGCAUGCUCUUUCCUAACUGUUGACUCAACAGGAUUCCAUAUUUCCAUAUCACUACACUUAACUCUUCCAAAAAAUUGAAUAGCCGUGUAGGUGCAGUGACAACCAUCACUCACUAUAUAUAGAUAAAAUACAAAUACUCCAAAAUUCCGAUGUACUAGCUAACUUAAAUUUCUCAACUCCUUGUAAAUUUCUUAUCAAUUAAGAUGUGGUUUGAUGAAUAAGAUCGUAACUACAAUAUU